AGAGAGGGGGGGGGUGUAUAGCUGUGUUUCAGUGCUACAUUAAGAGCGGGCAGUGCAGUGAAGGUGAUAUGCGGCGCCUACUUUGUUCUCCGUGGCUCAUUUCUGGCGUGUCCUUGGCUGUCGGUGUUGGUGUUGGAGCUGCACUGACCCACUCCUCCUCCUCCUCCUCCUCCUCCUCUGGUCUCCUUCAUCGUCUGCCCAUCAUUCCUAUCCCUACGGUCAGUGCAAAGUCAGAACUGACCCCCUAUCACCAGGGCCAGCUGACCCCCAGUAAGUCUGCGGCGGUGAUGAAAUACGGCUUUCCCUCUCUCUCCAACAUAAAAUCGCGAGAGUCCUACGUCACGUCCUAUGACCCCAGGUGCCGGACGGCUGCCUGGGUCAUCGAGCAGCUGACCCCGGAGACUCUGUCCGGGCCGUCUGACCGAAAGCUGUGCGAUUUUAAGGAGGAUGAUUCGGUGCAUGUUUACCACAGAUCCUCGAACGGGGAUUACAGGGGCAGCGGCUUCGACAGAGGACACCUGGCCGCCGCGGCCAACCACAAAUGGAACCAGAAAGCCAUGGAGGACACUUUCUACCUCAGCAACGUGGCCCCACAGAAUCCUCACUUAAACCAGAAUGCAUGGAACAAUUUGGAGAAGUACUGUCGCUCUCUUACUAAGCAGUACCACAAUGUGUUUGUGUGCUCAGGACCCCUCUACCUGCCCAGACAGGAGCUGGAUGGGAAGAUGUACGUGAAGUAUCAGGUGAUUGGGAAGAACCAUGUUGCAGUGCCGACUCACUUCUUUAAGGUGGUGAUUCUGGAGAACCGGCGUGGGGAGGUGGAGCUGCGGUCCUACGUCAUGCCCAACAUGCCUGUAGAUGAGAAGAUUCCACUGGAGCGCUUCCUGGUGCCUAUUGAGAGCAUUGAGAGAGCGUCAGGGCUGCUGUUUGUCCCCAACAUCCUGAAGAAGACCAACAAUUUGCAGGCCAUUACUGCCGGGGGACAAUGAGCCCUCCACAUACACUGUCUUAAAGCAAAAAGGGAGUGAAAUAUUAGGUACAAUUACAACUGGGAAUUAUGUCUUUACACUGUUUCGAGUACUCAGUUUACUGAAAAUUCUGCUGCUUUGAAAUUUGCUAGUCACUGAUAAUCAGCUACUGAUAACUGGGCCUAAGGGAAGAUCAAUGUGAUUUUUACUCUUUUUUCUAAUGGGAUGUAAAUCCUGUUCUGGCACUGUUGGUCAGGAUAAAUAUAAAAGAUGUACUUCUAUGUGCUGAAAUGGGAAGAUAUUUCAGUGUAAUUAUUAUAUUUAUUAGAGUACCGUGAAUUUUAUUGUGCUGUUCUAAUAAAGAAAUUUAAUGAAAAAA